UUAAUAUAUAUUUGAAAUUCAUAUCAUCAUAAUUAUUGUUAUAAAAGUGAAGAAAAGAUCAACAAAAUUAUAUUCGAUAUGGAUUCAAUUAACAAUCGUAAAUGUCGAUUCUUUUCGACACACAACAAUAGCUGUGUUCGUUCGGUUGCAUUCAAUCCAAAAGAUCGUUAUCUAUUUUGUUCCGGUGGUAAUGAUGGCCAAAUCGGUAUCUAUCAUGCUGGUCGUGCAGAAUUAUUACGAACAAAUUCUGUGAUCUCAUCAGGUCUUAAUCGUUGUGUUAGUGCUGUUUCAUUUUCAAGCGAUGGUAAAAAGAUAUUGGCAACAACAUCAUCACGACGUGUUUCCGUAAUCGAUGUUGAACAUGGAACACCUAUCGUUUGUUAUGAUAGUUGUGCAUAUAUUCCAAGUAGAGAUCGUACACCGUUAGCUGUCGAUCCAGAAUCACCAAAUAUUGCUGCCUGUUCAUAUGUAAAUGGAAAAGGUGUUACCAUACUUGAUCUACGUAUGCCACUUCCAUUGGAUUUUAUUUUCGAUUUUCAUACGGACAUUAUACGUGAUAUAAUAUUUUUGCAUGAAAGUUGGCCUUUUUCAUCCAAAUCAUCAUCAUUAUUAUUAUCAUUAUCAUCACAAGGUCAAGCCAAAUUAACUACUAUUGAUGGCCGUUUAUUACAUACAUUUGAUUUUGGUCAUACUGGAAAUUCAAUUGUACCAACACCCGAACAUUAUGGCUAUACACAUGAUGGUUUUCUAUCAGCAUGGCUUUGUGGUGGUAAUAUUAUUUCAAGCUAUGUACCGAAUGAUGAAACGAUUAAACAACAACAACAGCAUCAUCAUCAUCAAACAACAACAGAUUUUAUAAAUCAAUCAUUUAAUAGUGGCAAUAACUUUGAAAUAAAUAUGGAUAAUAAUAAUCAGCAGCAACAGCAGCAAACAAAUAGCCGUACAAAUCCAUCAUGGCUUGGAAAUAACAAUAAUAAUAAUCCAUCAGCAGCGUCGUCUGGUUCAUCCUCAUCUUCAUCAUCAAGUACAGCAUCAUCAUCAUCAUCAUCGUUCAAUGUAAUAAUAAGCAAUCCGAAUAAUGUUAAUCUCAAUGUUUAUCAAAUACCUCGUCGUAAUGAAUUGAUAUUUGGUCCAAUAUCAUCGAUCGAUCCAAUACGUAUACAUCGUGCAAUACGUUCGAUUGUUGCAUCAAGUCAACAACAAGUCAAUGCUGGUGCUAUUGGUGGUGGUUCUUCCGGUUCGAAUGUUAAUAUUCACCAUCAUCAUCAUCAUCAUCAUCAACAACAACAACAACAAUUAUUGCAAUCAUCAUCAUCGGGAUCCGGUUCAUCCAAUAGCAAUAAUAACCGUUUUGUUCAUAAUCUUUUUCAUCAUCAUCAACAUCAUAAUAAUCAUUCGUCGAAUAAUCAACAACAACAAAAUCUCCAACAUCCAAUUCCAUGGCAUGGUAUUGGUGGUACGCUUGAUAUUUCCUCUGUUAUUGGUGGUGGUAAUUCUGCAUCAUCGAUUCGUUCACAUCACCACCAUCAACAACGACAACAAUCGGCAGCAGCUGCGGCAAGAAAUAUUCCGGCUGAUGACUGUGAUGAUGAGGAUGAUGAUGAUGAUGAUGACGAAGAUGAUGAUGAACAAUGCAAUAAUCUUACAUCAUCAUUAGCCUCGAAUGCUAAUAAUUCAAUGAAUUCCAUUCUAUCCAAUCGUAUUAUUGAUCAUCAUACACCAUCGAAUAGUUUUGUACGAAAGAAAACAUUAUUCUAUCAUGAUCAUUGGGAUCAUUCAAAUAGAAUUGAUCAAUUUAUCGACAAUAACAAUGGAAUCAGCAAUUCGACAAUGAAUCAUCCACAGCAAAUUAAUCGACUUCGAUUCUCAAGUAAUGGUGCACAUUUAUAUGCUGCCGGUGAAGGUGGUUUCGUUCGACAAUAUCGCCGUUAUCCAAAUCUAAAUGUUCAUUGUUUGGGUGAAGUUUAUCGUCAUCGUGGUGAUAUUCUAGACAUGGAUAUAUCACCAUAUGAUGAAUUUUUGGUAACCGCAUCGAAAGAUAAAACCGUUGGAUUCAUUUGUCUUGGUUCACCUAGUCAUGGAUGGACUGAAUAUUACGAAUAUACUUGAUUUUUUGAAAUUUUAUUCUUUUUAUUGAAAAAUAUCCAAAAUAGAUAUGCCAACUCCAUAUCAUUCAAUCACAUUUAUUUUCUAAUACAAUAUUCGUCGAAAACAGAAAAAUAUUUAUAUCUCUUCAACAAUAACAAAAACCUCAUUAACAACAUUAACAACAAAAAACUCAUCUAAUCUAUCAUCUGUUUUUUUUUUUCGUCAACGCAAUCAGUCUAUUUUCAUCCACAUUUCCUGUCAUAUUUUAUUAUUAUUAUUAAUAGUUAUAUUCAACUAUCUCAUCUACAUCUACUUAAUUGAUUAAUACUAUUUUUGAAUAUUGGCAACAACAAUAACAACUAUCAACAAAAAAUAAAAUAAAAUAAAAUAAAAUAGGAUUAUCUCAUCU